GGUACUGCCCCGGCGCCCAAGGCUGAGCCCAAAGCUUUCUGGUCCAAAGAGCUGUCCAGGGGAGAUAAAUCAACUUUGUUUGUGCCCUGAAUGAAAUUCCCAUAGGUUACAGUUGUUCUCUUGGAUGCAGCAAGGCUGAUGAUAGAGGUUUUCCUCACAUUGAUGACACACCUGGAAGGGUGCUGUGGAGGGGAGUUCUGAGAGGCAGGUGUGGAGAAGAGAGCCUCUCUCUGCAUGGCUGGUUCAGGUGACCUCUGGCAUUAGCUUUGUCCUCCUCUCCUGCUCCAUCCCUUGCUCCUGUCCCCCUCCCAGCCUCACAGAGGGAGCACCAAGAAUGGCUUGGCACCUGCAUGAUAAGGUAAUUUCAUGCUCCCAAAAUGGGACAUAAAGUGGUUGUCUUCGACAUUUCUGUCAUCAGAGCCUUGUGGGAAACUCGUGUCAAGAAGCACAAAGCUUGGCAGAAGAAGGAGGCGGAAAGGCUUGAGAAGAGUGCCUUGGAGAAGAUAAAGGAGGAGUGGAACUUUGUGGCCGAAUGCAGGAGGAAGGGCAUCCCCCAGGCUGUGUACUGCAAGAAUGGCUUCAUAGACACCAACGUGCGGCUGCUGGACAAGAUUGAAAGGAACACUCUCACAAGGCAGAGUUCACUUCCCAAGGACAGAGGCAAACGGAGCAGUGCGUUUGUGUUUGAACUUUCUGGGGAGCACUGGACGGAGCUCCCAGAUUCAUUGAAGGAGCAGACACACCUGAAAGAAUGGCACAUAAGCAAUACCCUGAUUCAAAUCAUUCCUACAUAUAUUGAGUUAUUUCAAGCGAUGAGAAUUCUGGAUCUGCCAAAAAACCAAAUCUCACAUCUUCCAGCAGAAAUCGGUUGUUUGAAGAACCUGAAAGAACUCAAUGUGAGUUUCAACCAUCUGAAGAGCAUUCCUCCAGAAUUGGGAGAUUGUGAAAAUCUAGACAGACUAGAUUGUUCUGGAAAUCUAGAAUUAAUGGAGCUGCCCUUUGAAUUAAGUAAUUUGAAGCAAGUUACAUUUGUAGAUAUCUCAGCAAACAAGUUUUCCAGUGUCCCGAUCUGUGUCCUGCGGAUGUCGAAUUUGCAGUGGUUGGAUAUCAGCAGCAAUAACCUGAUCGACCUGCCUCAAGAUAUAGACAGGCUAGAGGAGCUGCAGAGCUUUCUCUUGUAUAAAAACAAGUUGACCUACCUUCCCUACUCCAUGCUGAACCUGAAGAAGCUCACUCUGUUAGUCGUCAGUGGGGACCAUUUGGUGGAGCUCCCAACUGCCCUUUGUGACUCGUCCACACCUUUAAAAUUUGUAAGCCUUAUGGACAAUCCUAUUGAUAAUGCCCAAUGUGAAGAUGGCGAUGAAAUAAUGGAAAGUGAACGGGAUCGCCAACAUUUUGAUAAAGAAGUUAUGAAAGCCUAUAUUGAAGACCUUAAAGAAAGAGAAUCUGUUCCCUGCUAUACCACCAAAGUGUCUUUUAGCCUUCAACUUUGAUAUCUAUCAGAAGACUGCAAAUCUCACUGUUCUCUGGAGCUAUAUAUGAAUCUUUGUUAUGAUCAUGUCAUAUAGGAAGAGUGACUUGUGCUUAAGGACAAAGCCUAGAAACCACUGUCAUAGUUGCUAAGAAAAAUGGUUUUCAAAUGUCAAAUACAUGAAUAUCUCCCUCCAUGGACUGGUGAAUUGAAAAAUUGGUUUAUAUAUUGAUAUUUCCAGGUUCAUUUGCAUAUACUUGUUUCCAAAUAAUGCACAUUUAAUAUGUUUUAAAAUGUCUUAUUUUUAAGAAUUAUAACUAAAAGACCAAAUACGGAAAUUAAGUGCAUUGUUUUCAGGAAUCAAAAGAUAAAGGGGCCGAGCAUGGUGGCUCACACCUGUAAUCCCAGCACUUUGGGAGACCAAAGUGGGUGAAUCACCUGAGGUCAGGAGUUCGAGACUAGUUUGGCCAACAUGACAAAACCCCAUCUCUACUAAAAAUACAAAAAAUUAGCCGGGCGUGAUGGCAGGCACCUGUAAUCCUAGCUACUCAGGAGGCUGAGGCAGGAGACUCACUUGAACCUGGAAGGCAGAGGUUGCAGUGAGCCGAGAUCGUGCCACUGCACUCCAGCCUGGGUGACAGAGCCAGACUCUGUC